AUGUCAACUAUAAAAUCUGCAAAAAUUACUUUACGAAAAAAAAUGCUAAAUGUUUUAAACGACUUAGAUAAUAACAAAAAAAAGUUACAAUCUGAAAUUAUAUUUAAUAAGUUAGUAUCAUUACCACAGUAUAAUGAAAGUAAAAAAAUCGCCUUAUAUUUAAGCACACCCAAUGAAGUUGACACAAUACCUAUUUUAAAAGAUAUAUUUUCAAAAAAAAAAGAUGCCUUUGUUCCAUGCUAUCAAAAAGAAACAAUGAAUAUGAUGAAAAUAUAUUCAAUGGAAGAUUACAAUAAAUUACCAUUAACAAAAUGGAACAUUAAACAACCUGAUUCUCAGGAAAUUAGAGAAAAAGCAUUUGAAACAAGUGGACUAGACUUAAUUAUUUUACCUGGAUUAGCUUUUACAAGAGAUGGAAAAAGAUUGGGCCAUGGUAAGGGGUACUAUGAUAAAUAUAUCAAAUCAAUUGUACUCGAUGGAAAACAAAUGCCAUAUUUGAUAGCUUUAUCAUUCAAUGAACAAAUACAUGAAAACAUUCCAACUAAUGAAAAUGACAUGAAUGUUAAUAUAGUAUUAACAGAAAAAGAUGAUGUUAUAUUAUAG